AUGCACAAUUUGGCAUUCCAACAAGUCGGGAACACCAACAAAGGCGAAUAUGACGCUGACGAAGCGUUGGUAGUCGCUCGUGUUAUUCAACAAAUGCGUGAGGGUGUCAACGGUGGUAUCAAUGGGCAAGACGGAGUCUCGUUCAUUCAGCAAUACUAUCUGAAUAAAGGACUGAAGAUAUUCAAGGAGCGAGGUAAAGACGCGGCCAUGAAAGAACUUGACCAACUGAUCAAGCGCAGUUGCUGGACACCGAUCAGUAUUGAGAAACUAAGACCGACCGAAAGAAAGAAGGCCAUAGAUGCAAUGAUGCUACUGGCCGAAAAGAAUGAUGGCGUGACAAUCACGCUGUGUAUUCAAAGGUAA